AUUUUUAAUUAAAAGUAAUUUUCAUAAACUAGUUAAUAGUUUUAAUAAACGUUUUAUCAUAAUUUUAAUUUAAAAUGGUGUUCGUUAUUGUGUGAUUAAAUUGUAAUAUGAAUUUUUAUGGUCAAUACAGAGAUAAUUUGUUCAAGAAUAUUUGUAUAAAACAUAAAUAAAUAUUAAUUGAAAGAAUAAUCAUGUCUAAUUUCAAAAUUCCAUGGUUGUCUUUAACAUUAACUACCUUACCAAAUGUAGGUGGCUUUAUUGGUGCAAUUUAUGUUCGUGAAAAUGUUAAAGGUUGGUAUGAGACAUUAGAUCGACCAUCAUGGAAGCCUCCUAAUUAUAUGUUUGCUCCAGUUUGGACAACUCUAUAUACAGGAAUGGGUUAUGCAUCAUAUUUGGUAUACCGAGAUGGAUUUAAUGGAACAGCUAAAAUACCUUUGUUACUUUAUUCAUCACAAUUAAUUCUCAAUUGGGCAUGGACUCCUUUAUUUUUUCAUUUACAUAAAUUAAAAUGGAGCUUAUAUGAAAUUUGUGCUUUAUGGACUAAUGUGGCUUUAUGUGCUAUUGCUUUUUAUCGAGUCAAUAAAGUAGCUGGGUGUCUUAUGGUUCCAUAUUUAGGAUGGCUAUCAUUAGCUACAGGUUUAACUUAUUACAUUUAUACAAACAACAAAGAAAUAUCAAUUAAAGAAGAAUAACGAUUAUUAUUCAUUUUUAAGUAUAGUGUCAGGUAAAGGUAUAAAAAUCAUUAAUUAGUAGUCAUUGUUUAUAAUUUUAUAAUAAGGUUAUUUAUAUUAAAAAAGGUAAUUUUGGAAUGAAAUUAAAUAAUAUAUUUGUUAUAUAUUUC